CUUCCUGAGCAAACACAGACAUCCUUAUUUGAAUACCCCAUUCCCAUUUUCUAGAAAAUUCUCUCUAAGGAUAUAUAGAGCUGAGGACCGUGGUAGUGUUAUGCUACCCACCGGACGCACCCAAGAGGAGAGACCCUGCGAAUCUGUGCCAGAAUGAAAAUCGCAGACAUGAAAACAUCUAAAGUUUGCUGCCGCUGCACCCAAAACAAAACAGGAUGUGGUUGACCAGAAUCGUCGUUCUUUGUUUGCUGGCCUUGGUGGCCUCUGCAGAAGAGAAGAAGCUGAGCAGCCAUGCUAACACGCUGGCCGACAACAGCGCUAACUUGGCCUUCAGCCUGUACCACAAGAUGGCUCAGGACAAAAACACAGAUAAUAUUUUAGUUUCUCCUGUGGUUGUGGCCUCCUCUCUGGGGCUGGUUGCUCUCGGUGGCAAGUCCUCCACUGCAUCCCAAGUGAAAACUGUCCUCAGUGCUGACAAACUCAAGGAUGAACACUUGCAUGCUGGCCUGUCAGAGCUCCUCUCUGAGGUGAGCGAUGCCAAGUCCCGAAACUCCACCUGGAAGAUCAACAACCGCCUCUACGGCCCCAGCUCCGUCUCCUUCGCCGAUGACUUUGUGAAGACCAGCAAGAAGCACUACAACUACGAUCACUCCAAAAUUAACUUCAGGGACAAGAGGAGCGCGGUGAACUCCAUCAACGAGUGGGCGGCCAAAUCAACAGACGGCAAGCUGCCCGAGAUCACCAAAGAUGUGCAGAACCCCGACGGAGCCAUGAUUGUUAACGCCAUGUUUUUUAAGCCUCACUGGGAUGAGAGAUUCCAUGAAAAGAUGGUUGACAACCGCGGUUUCCUGGUUACUCGCUCCUUCACAGUUGGAGUUCCAAUGAUGCACCGCACAGGUCUCUAUGACUUCUACGAAGACAAGGAGAAUAAUCUCUACAUCCUGAACAUGCCUCUGGGCAAGAAGCAGGCUUCCAUGAUCUUUAUCAUGCCCUAUCACUUGGAGCCCCUGGAACGCCUGGAGAAACUGCUGACAAGGAAGCAGGUAGACACUUGGCUCAGCAAGAUGGAGAACAGGGCUGUGGCAAUUUCCCUCCCAAAGAUCUCAUUGGAAGUCAGCCACAACCUGCAGAAAUAUUUAGCUGAAAUGGGCCUGACUGAAGCUGUGGACAAGUCCAAGGCUGACCUGUCAAACAUCUCAGGGAAGAAGGACCUCUACCUUUCCAACGUCUUCCAUGCAUCCGCCUUGGAGCUGGACGUGGAGGGAAACCCUUACGACACCAGCAUCUUCGGCACAGAAAAGCUGAGGAACCCAAAGCUCUUCUACGUAGAUCACCCCUUUAUCUUCCUGGUGAAAGACAACAAGACCAACUCCAUCAUGUACAUUGGCAGAGUGGUUAGACCCAAGGGGGAUAAGAUGAGAGAUGAGCUAUAAUGAUAAAGUUGUGAAUUAUGUUUUGUAGAUCUAAUAUUUGUGAAAUUCUGACAGGAAACUGUAUGUUUGAGUGUGUGGAUGCGUUUUGUUUUUAUUGGUGUGACUGUUACCUCAAGAGCACAUUCCCUAAGACAAUCUGUGGACUGGAUAUUUAGGCAUUCUGGUUUUGGCAAUCUUGAACCGCGAGGCAACAAACACACAAGUGCCUUAAUAAAGAUUUAAAUUAAUCAACAUCACUUGG